AUGGAAGAGGGUGAGGCUACAAUAACCAAUAAUUCCAACGUUGGAUCUCCAAAUAAGAACAAUGAUCAUUAUUACAACCGUCACAAGAAACCCCCAACUUCCAAGAACAAAAAAAAAAUGUUCAAGGGGAGUCUUAUGAACGUUAUCAAGGUGGUAUUGUACAUGUUGAGGAGGAAGGGCGACAAGACUGGUAAAAAGUUGUCGCCCUCCCUCUCAACAGCCACCAACACCUCUCUAACGAAUUUUGUGGGGGCAUUUCGGCCCUUUCAUCUUCAGAGGGACAAUGGUGACAUGACUUCAACACCACAUCCCCAACUUCUUUUCUCUAGGCAUGAUGAUGAGGUAAUUGAGGCAUCCCCUUAUCAUUCCAAGUAUGAUGCCUCCUCCUCGCCCUCAUCCAUGCGCUCAUCAUCCUCUAGAGGAGAUAUGAGUAGGUAUGCCUCAGCUCAAAGUUUAAAUGAUCUUGAUAAUGUUGAAGAAGACGAGGAUUCAGACGAGGAGGAGGGUAUGAUGAUUGAUGGAGAUGCUUUCUACGACGGGCUUGAAGGGGAUGAGAUGAUCGAUCACAAGGCUGAUAAGUUCAUUGCUAAGUUUUACCAACAAAUGAGGCUCCAAAACUUUUAA